AUGAUGAUCACACCUUCAGAUAGUCGAGAUUCAAAUUUAUUGGCCAUAAGUACGUACAGAGCUGGAAAUGUGACAUUAAAAAAGAUAAGUGUUCAUUAUUCGAUGAUCCCUGCUUAUUCUGUGAUAGAAUCUAAGGCUAUCCGUAUCACCACCUCAGCGUUGUCGUCUGUGGUAAUGGUAGACGAUGGUGAAUACACAUCAGACAGUACCAUAGUCUUCCCUAUAGACAAACUAUCGAGAUACUACAUUAUUUCAACAGCACAACCUACAAGGGGUUUUUUGGACAGCGGAAGUCAUUUUACGAUAGCUGCAACUAAAGACAAUACGCAUGUCAGUAUAGUUUUUGCAAUAGAUCACAACACCACCAUUUCUCUUCAUGAUAAAGAGUAUGGCAGAGGUGAUACUUUUUCGGUAAUAUUAAAUAAUUUUCAAACCUUUCAAAUCGGACACAAAGCAGAUUUGUCAGGAACAACGAUAAAUUCUUCUCAACCCGUCGCCGUAUUUGCAGGAAACAGAUGCAAUAAUAUAGGGUAUCACGGGGCAUGCAGCAUGCUGAUGGAAAUGAUCCCGCCAGUUAACGAAUUCGAUAAUAUAUUUAUCGUACCACCAAAUAUUAAUAGAUACCAAUCAAUUGUAAGGAUUAUUUCAGCCUUUCACACAAAAGUUACAUAUACUUUAGAUGGAAUCGAAACUACUACUACUCUGUUAAAAAAUCGAUAUACGGAUUUCAUCACUCCUGAAAAUGAAAUAAGCCUCAUACAAUCUGCUAAACCCGUAUUAGUUAAUGUUUUUGCCACUGGUUCAACAAAUCCUAAAAUGUACGGUGAUCCAUACAUGAAUACAGUGCCAGGUAUCAACCAGUACCUCAACCAAUACAUUGUUGAUGUGCCAGAAGGAUACAAUUUUAGUUUUGCUGCUUUCAUAGUCAGGAAUGAAUCACUAUCUAACCUCCAAAUUAAUAGCACUAACAUCUAUGAAUACACCAAGGUCUUCCAUUCCACGAUAUUUGUAGGAACAUUCCUAUUUAGCGUUAUGACUGUAAAUGUACCAAGCGGCGUGAUUCAAGUGGAAACAACAGACGGUUCGUUUUUUGGAAUGCUUAUCUAUGGACAGCGUAGGCAUGAUGGGCAUGGUUAUGCUGCAAAUGCUUUAUUAACAAGUAUUUGCUGA